CCAGCAGCGCUGGCUGGUUUAACGCAUCUUUAUUACGAUUUACCCUCGGCACGCUUCACUCCACUGUCAGGGCCGAGUGCAAACGCAGCGCGCUGUGUACUAUUCAAUUAAUCCAACAGCGGGGCCAUCGAUCGGUGGUGCGCUAGUAUGGCUUUCGACGAAAAACAGCUCUUGAUCAAAGACAACUCGACAGAAAUUUCGGCGUUCUCGUUGUCGGACGCUACUUCCGUGAAAAAAACCAGCAAAAAACUGACCAAGAGGCAAUGGCUCACGGUGGUGGUAUUCGGCAUCGCCAAUUUUAUUGCAGCCUUGUGCAUCUCGCUGCAGGCACCAUUCUACCCUCAGGAGGCUGAAAGGAAGGGAGCUACAGCCACGGAAUAUGGUUUUGUGUUUGGAAUUUAUGAACUGACGUGCUUUAUAACUUGCCCUAUAUUUGGAAUGUAUCUUCCAAAAUUGGGGCCAAGAUUUGUAUACAAUGCAGGUAUAUUCGUCACAGCAGUCAGUUGCAUCCUAUUUGGGGUCCUCGACUACGUGGAAGAUCACACAUCCUUCCUCGCCCUCUCGUUUGCUGUUAGAAUUGUCGAGGCGCUCGGUUCUGCAGGAACACUGACAGCCACCUUUUCCAUUAUAGCGGCUGAAUUUCCAGAGUCGGUCGCGACUACUUUCGCGUCACUGGAGACGUUUUUCGGCCUUGGCUUGAUUGUUGGACCAACGGUCGGCGGUGUUCUUUACCAGUUUGGAGGAUUCGUGCUGCCCUUUUUAGUUACUGGAAUUGUACUUUUAGUCGGCGGAACUGUCUCUGUGUUGCUCUUACCCGGAGAAACAAUACAAUUAGACGCUUCAAGUGUGGUUGCUUCUCGUAAUUCAGGAUUGCUUGCUAUUCUGAGGGUGCCUUCAGUAGCACUUUCAGCAGCAUCCAUUGUUGCGUCAUCAAUGAGUUUGGGAUUUAUUGCAGCGACUCUUGAGCCUCAUCUGAGACAGUUCAAUCUGAGUCCUGUGCUCAUGGGUUUUAUGUUCAUCAUCAGCGGUGGGAUGUACGCCAUCGUCGCGCCAUUCGCUGGCUUCCUUUGCGACAGGGGAGUCGGCCCAAAGGUUUUGGCCUCCGUGGGAAACUUUUGCAUUGCCUUUUCGUAUUUUCUAAUUGGACCGUCACCGUUCUUCGCAAUUGACACUGUUUUGUGGAUGGUGAUAAUUGGCUUGAUGAUUCACGGCACGGGAAUCGGUUGCUCGCUGGUUACUGCAUUUAUUGGUGCCCUUCAAUCAGCAGUGAAGAAUGGCUUUUCUAACGAUAUUUCCACAUACGCAAUGGUAUCGGGAUUGUGGGCAUCUGCCUUUGCCUUAGGAGCAUUCGUCGGGCCUUCGAUUGGAGGUGUGAUGCUGGACUUGGUCGGCUUCAGAUGGGGAACCCUAGUGGUUAUCGGCACUCACGCCUUAUCAUUUAUCGCACACAUAAUUUUCAUCCAAGUGGAAUCUCCCAGGCCGAAAUACACGGAAAUUGUAACAGAAGAGAUCCGUCCACUGCUAAAAGCGACGCAGGUGCGGGCGUAAUUGUAAAAUUGGUACUGUUAAUUAUAGGUAAUAUAUGAUUAUUGUAUGUGUGGCAAACACCUAAUUUAUUUUAUAUGAAAGAGAUUGCACAUUUACGUAAACAUGAAAGAGAUACAAACUUUUUUAUAGAAAAUAAGCUACAUGCGCUGUAAAUCAUAUCAGUAUAAGAUACAAAAGACAAAACUAUCCUUUAACCAGA